CCGGCGACCAUGGCGUUCGCCGGGCUGGAGCGAGUACAUUAACCCCGGGAGGCGGCGGCGGCGACGAGGGAGCGAGCUGCGAGCGGGCGGGCCCAGCCUGAGGGAAGGGAGGAAGGGGCGGGGAGAGCGCCGGAGGGAGGCCGGUCGGCCGCGGGCGGGCGGGCAGCGCAGCGCCGAGCGGGGCCCGCGGGCCCAUGAGGAGGCCCGGGGACCAUGGGCUCCAGGAUCAAGCAGAACCCAGAGACCACGUUUGAAGUGUAUGUUGAAGUGGCCUAUCCUAGGACAGGUGGCACUCUUUCAGAUCCUGAGGUGCAGAGGCAAUUCCCGGAGGACUACAGUGACCAGGAAGUUCUACAGACUUUGACCAAGUUUUGUUUCCCCUUCUAUGUGGACAGCCUCACAGUUAGCCAAGUUGGCCAGAACUUCACGUUCGUGCUCACUGACAUUGACAGCAAACAGAGAUUCGGGUUCUGCCGCUUAUCUUCAGGGGCGAAGAGCUGCUUCUGUAUCUUAAGCUAUCUCCCCUGGUUCGAAGUAUUUUAUAAGCUGCUUAACAUCUUGGCGGAUUACACGACAAAAGGCCAGGAAAAUCAGUGGAAUGAGCUUCUUGAAACUCUGCACAAACUUCCAAUUCCUGACCCAGGAGUGUCUGUUCAUCUCAGCGUGCAUUCUUAUUUUACUGUGCCUGAUACCAGAGAACUUCCCAGCAUACCUGAAAAUAGAAAUCUGACAGAAUAUUUUGUGGCUGUGGAUGUAAACAACAUGUUACAUCUGUAUGCCAGUAUGCUGUAUGAACGCCGGAUUCUCAUCAUCUGCAGCAAACUCAGCACUUUGACUGCCUGCAUCCACGGGUCUGCCGCGAUGCUCUACCCCAUGUUCUGGCAGCACGUGUACAUCCCCGUCCUUCCUCCACACCUGUUGGACUACUGCUGUGCUCCCAUGCCCUACCUCAUAGGAAUCCAUUUAAGUUUAAUGGAGAAAGUCAGAAACAUGGCCCUGGAUGAUGUCGUGAUCCUCAACGUGGACACCAACACCCUGGAAACUCCCUUUGAUGACCUCCAGAGCCUCCCAAAUGAUGUGAUCUCUUCACUGAAGAACCGGCUGAAGAAGGUCUCCACAACUACGGGGGAUGGUGUGGCCAGGGCCUUCCUCAAAGCCCAGGCCGCUUUCUUUGGCAGCUACCGAAACGCUCUGAAAAUUGAGCCGGAGGAGCCAAUCACCUUCUGUGAAGAAGCCUUUGUGUCCCAUUAUCGCUCGGGAGCCAUGAGGCAGUUCCUGCAGAAUGCCAUCCAGCUACAGCUCUUCAAACAGUUUAUCGAUGGUAGACUGGAUCUUCUCAAUUCUGGCGAAGGUUUCAGUGACGUUUUUGAAGAGGAGAUCAGCAUGGGCGAGUAUGCUGGCAGCGAUAAACUCUACCAUCAGUGGCUCUCCACAGUCCGGAAAGGAAGCGGAGCCAUUCUGAAUACCGUGAAAACAAAGGCGAACCCAGCUAUGAAGACUGUCUAUAAGUUUGCAAAAGAUCAUGCAAAAAUGGGAAUAAAAGAGGUGAAAAACCGCUUGAAGCAAAAGGACAUCACCGAGAAUGGCUGUGCCCCCACCAUGGAAGAGCAGCCGCCAAAGACUGUGCCGUCCCCACUGGUGGAGGCCAAGGACCCUAAGCUCCGAGAAGACCGGAGGCCAAUCACUGUCCACUUCGGACAGCCACAAAGACUCCGUCCCACUCGCCCGCCGCCUCCCAAGAUACAGCGCUCGAGGCCCGUGCGCCCUCCCCGUCCACAUGUGGUAAAGAGACCAAAGAGCAACAUCACGGUGGAAGGCCGGAGGACGUCCGUCUCAAGCCCCGAGCACUCCAGCUGGCAAGACCAAGUUCUUGAAACACAGGAAGCAUCCAGCGGAAAAUAUUUUAAUAAAACAGACUCCUCAUAAAAUAUUGUUCUGGGGGGGAAAGAAAGCAGCUCCACCAAUCUGUCAGCAUUGUGUUGGGAGACACGAGAAGACAAGCCGGCAGGCAGGAGCCAGAUCCUAAUGGGCCUUUGUUGCCGGUGGUUCCGUGUGGGGCACGUGGACUCGGUGCCUGGCCCUUUAAUCUGGCCUGGAUUUUCUGGACUCACGGAUCUUUGUCUCCGCUGGGAAUAUCAAAGUGCAUCGGCAACUUAGAGGGUUCGGACGGCAGCAAGAGACAGGAGAUCUUUGAAGUGGAGCGAGAGGUUCCGUCCUCCCGGCUUCUGCCCCAACUCUCACUUCCAAAUAGACCAUUAAAUAAUUAACUUUGUGGACGGCAAGAUGGAGCUGAUUAACAAUAAGACAGUCUCCUUGGCCUCCCGCAGCAGCUUGGAGUCUGGAAUUCAUCAAGGCCCAGGAAUAUCGGCUGCCAGCUCUCUGGCUGGCCCACCCAUUGGACUCUAGUUCUUUCUUUCCAGAUGAUGUCCAUCUGUCCAUUCAUGCAUCCAUUCAUUGAGCAAAUAGCUUCAAAACCCUACCAGGUGUGAGCUAUUUGGGACCUUUUAAAGACGGCCUUUAAAGAGAAUCCCCGUGCCAAUUCUUUUUUGACUUGCGUUUCUCCAAAAUGAAAUUCUCUCCUAUGUCAAAUGCUCUUUCCGAAUCAAAGGUGGGUGUCCCAGCCCCUGACAACCGUCUGAUGACAACUGGAGGAACACUUCAGAAAGAUUUCUGGGGAAAACAUUCCCUCUGUUUUUCAGUUAACACCAGCUAAUUAAUAUUCAGUGACUAUUUCUUCUCCAGAAGUACUAGCUACUUCCAUUAUUAUUCAGAACGGGCUGCCAGAAUGCCCUGAGGAUUCCCCAGGGGGAGAGCCAGGGCUGGGAGGGGUCAGGCACUGCGGGCUGGGGGGCAGAGACCAGUUAGCAGCAAGCACAGCCCAGCGCCUGUUGUGUUCUAGGCCCUCUUCAGCGGGUAUUUGUUUCUUCUUCCACCGAAUGGGAACUAGGGCUCAGAAAACGCGUUUGACCGGUGUUCCCGGGGUCAUCUGGUCAGAAGGUGGCGGGGCCAGGACUCCACAUGCUACUUGAUUUCAUUCUCUCCGCUACACUCUGCUGCCCACGGGGUCCCCUCGUCAUUUUGGUGAUUCUGUGUCCUAAGAUGAGUUGCCCCACACGCUACCCUCUCUGUCUGGCUCCUUGAAGUUGGGAUCUAGAGGCGUUCAGUCGUCUUCCUGGCAAAGAAGCAGUGUCCCCUGGUGCCUGAGUGCUUCUGCCUACGACCUUUACUGAACCAUCCCUUAAGCUUGAGAAAGGUAGGUGGUGGCUUUCCCCUCUCACAGAGAAACUGAGGCUCAGAGAGAGAUCUUCUAGAACCAGCUGAAGGUCUCUGGGCUAGAAAAUGGUGCGAUCGGCCGUCUGAUAACACAGGCCUCACCCCUUCUUCGAUACCAUCCAAGCUUUUCCGUUACGAACCUAAGUAUGACCAUGAGUUACUGUGAGUAAUGAGGACAGUGGGGGCUGCGGUGGGCACGAGGAGUUUCCCAUCUCCCGCCUGUUAAAGGCUAUUUCGGCCGCAGUGUGCAUGGCUGUCAGGCCCCAACUUAUUUUCCUUUUGGCCUGCCAGGUAUCGGAGAAUUUCUCAUCCAACGUGACGCUUAGAAGGAGCCGGCGGCAAACUCUCAAAGGCAGCGCUGGGCUCAGUACCGCCCGCCCCUCAGGAUGGCGCUCGGUGUGCAGACAGAGGAGUGGCCUGCUGGUCCCCAGGUGCCUCUCGUGGGCCGGGCUGCUCGUCAUCUGUUCCCCGUGGUGGGGGCUGGGCAGUGGCCCUCGCAGACUUGCUGAGGGUACAGACAGAGUCACGUACAGCCUCCACCUCGCUUAAUCUUCACGACAACCCAGAAGGGUAGGGCUGUCUUCUGAGCCUUAAUGGCGAAGAGGCUUGCAGUCAGUAUAGAUCAGAGACGAGCCCCGUGCCGACCAGCUGCAGAGCCUGAACCCUUUUGACGGCACACCUUUGUCUCCCCUCCAGCGGGCGAGCCAGGCACCACCCCCACAGGAGUCCUGACUGGCUGCAGGCUGCGUAUUUGAAGUUUCAUUGUACUAAGUAGGAAUGGUCAGGAUUCAGGCACCGAGGGCCCACCAGCCAUUGCCCUGCUCACCUCGCUGGCCAGAUCUGUACAGCCUCUGCUCUUUUCAAGUGAUUUUGUUUGUCUAUAAAAAUAACCCCAUAACCUUACAAUCCAGAAGUUGGGCAAAAGAGACAAGAUCAUUCUGAACCUCCCUGCCUACCAGCAUUUCUGCAGGUUCCCCUCCGGUCUUUUUCCUAUAUAUAUCUUGUGGAGCUGCAGCGUCCUUGCAGUAUUCCGCCCUGUGGACUUGCCCGUGUCCUUGUAACCCCUGCCGUGCGUGACUGUGCCAAGAUCACAUUUUGCGUCCAUGCGUGGGCCGCCUCACCACGCCCCCUCCUAUUGGAUCUGUACACUGCUCUAGAUUGGAUCUGUAGACGUGAAACGCCAGAAAAAAAUACCCCUGUUCUUAAACUUUUCUCAUCUGAUAUCGUCAUAAGGAAUGGAAUGAUUAACCACUACCAUUAAUGCUGUCCAAGCACUUUAUAUACACCGUUUCAUUUAAUCCUCGCAAGAAAUUUUGGGAGUGAGGGUAAGGUAUCAUUAGCUCUAUAUUAUAGAAGAAGUAGCUGAGACCCUGAGAGGUUGUCACUGCCCUGUACCCUUACCCAGUCAUAGAGGCAAAUUUCUAAAUUGCUAAAUAACUUGCUGAAAGAUUUGUACCACUUUGUACUCCCACCAAAACUCUGGACUGCCUGCGAAUCUGAGUCUGGAGGGACCCAGAAGAGCAUGUGGCUGCAUUAGGAAUCCUUUUUUUAAGUUUGUUUGUUUAUUUACUUAUUAGAGAGUGCAAGUGAGUGAGGAAGGGGCAGAGAGAGAGAGAGAGAGAGAGAGAGAAUGAAUCCCAAGCAGGUCCACACUGUUAGCACAGAGCCCCACGUGGGGCUUGAACUUACGAACCACGAGAUCAUGACCCGAGCCAAAACCAAGAGUCGGAUGCUUAACCGACUGAGCCACCCAGGUGCCCCAGGAAUCCUUCUGACCAAGGAGAAAUUCCGCAGGCUGUGCUGGCUGGGCUCAUAGUCUGUGCACCAAAUGGCCAGCCCCCACUGCUUUGGAAUUUGUAGAGUCUGAUCAUCCAAAUUGCAUUGCGUGACCCCAGCACCCAAAGCCCCAGAAGAUUAAAAUAAGAUCAGAGGAAGCUGCCAGAAGCAUUUAGUGAGAGCUCUACCCACAGACGAGGUCUCAGAACACUGCAGUUGUAUCUCUUUGGGCCGGGUGCACACGUGCUCUGGCCAAAGACGAUGUUCCACACCCUGCCGUGUCCUCAAGACCAGGGCUCAGCACAGCCCUGGUGGUGCUGGCCACAGAGCACAGCGGGUUAGAGCCCCGUUCCCUCCUACCCAGGCCCAGAGCUGCCCCAGGGGUGUGGUUGGUGAACUGUUGCCAGGGCAGUGGCCUAGGACUCUGGUGCCAGGGACAGACCUGGGUCAGCAUCUUGCCCACUAGCUGCCAGCCAGAGACCCUGGGCAAGACUUUUUGCCUUUUUUUUCUUUUUUUUCUUUUUUUUUUUUAGAGAGCAUGAGCUGAGGAGCAGAGGGGGAGAGAGAGAGAGAGAGAGAAUGAAUCCCAAGCAGGUCCACACUGUUAGCACAGAGCCCCACGCGGGGCUUGAACUUACGAACCACGAGAUCAUGACCCGAGCCGAAACCAAGAGUCGGAUGCUUAACCGACUGAGCCACCCAGGUGCCCCAGGAAUCCUUCUCUCCAAGGAGAAAUUCCGCAGGCUGUGCUCUUUAUGUCACACACACAGGGGUCUAGGAGCCCCUCCAGGGCAAGGGCCAUGUGCCUCUUCAACUCCCAGACUGGAGCCUAGCUUAGGGCUCUGCUCGGGGACAUUUACUGAAUGAAUGGACAAGGGAAUCACUGAAGGCUUAUAGCUCAUAGCCCCCUGGAGAUGGGGAAGGGAUGUCAGUUAACCACAAAUGUGGAAAGAGCGCCUACUGUGUGCCAAAUAUGAUUGGGUGUGACUGUGAAGCUACCAGCACCUGUCCCGCCCAGGCCAUCUAAGAGCCAGAAACUGCCAUCAGCCCCAGGAGCAAGUCUCCAAGAUGCCAGCUGGGCCCUGGGCCCCAGGGGUAGGGACAGCUCUCUCGGUACUGACCCCCUGGCAGCCUGCCAGGACCCACUCCCUGAGCAGCCAAGAGUUCAAACCCUGGAGCAGAGGGUCCCAGACCCAAUUAGCAAUGUGAAAGAGGCCCCUGACCCCACUCAGGCCCCCCUCCCCCUCUCCAGCAGUAGGUUCUGGGCCCUGGAGACAAAGCCACACAGCAGAAGUCAGACGUGGAGCCUGAGCCCAGACCGGAAAAGAAGGAACUGCUGAGGAGUCCCCAGGGAUGCGCAGCGGCCCAGGCAAACACAGGUCUCCCUUGUCCCCAGCCACUUCUGCCUACCGCUCAGAGGGAAGGAGCCCUCCCAGGAGCUGUCAUGACAGGGAGAGUUAGUUCCAGCUGAGAACCCAAGCCUUUAGCGCACCCCCGGGAGAGAAGGUGCUCCACCCCCAAGACCUGCUGCUUUCAGCCUCCUUUGAAAGUUUUGCCACCUCUCCUGAGCCCCUCCCUCUUCCAGGAGUCCCGUCACCCUUUCUCAGGGCCUGUUUCAGGCCCAGCCCUUCUACAUGUCACCUUGGUUAACCUACUCUCCCCCCCCCCACACCCCCAAAAGUCAUCACGGCUCAGGUGUGUUCACCUGUUCAGCCAGUGAGGGAACCAAGGCUCUAACAGGUGGAAUGGUGGCCUUAGAUCCCGGAUGUGCAUCUAGGUCUGCAGGGUCCCAUGGCCACGUCCACUGCUUUCUCACCAGACACCCUGUCCUCCACCAUUGCUCCCAGGGCCCCCACAGGAGACUCAGGCUCAGGGCAGGCAGAGGCGGUCCUUGGGGUGAGGGCUACUUGUUGUUUACAGUCUACACGGUUUCUCUUCUGGGUAGGAAAUGUGUAGAUGGUGUCCCCACCCCCGUCUUCUCUCUACCAAAGAGCCUGAAGAAUGGGAAGGUGAAGCCUGGGUCCUUGUUCGGGCUUCUCUGCCUAUGAGAAGGACUGGGAAGGACUUCUCAGGGCGUCUCGGGGAUGGGUAUGGAACAUGUGAAGUUGACACUAGUGAUUUUUCAAAAGAAAGGAUGAAUGAAUGAACAUAAACGUUGACAGACAGAUGGAAUGAUGAAGAAUGGAAAGAUAAAGGGUACAGCCAACCCUCUCAAGAGAGAAAGAGAUGAGGCCAAGCCAGUAAGGCCCCCUCCCCAGUCCUCACAUCACCCCUUAAUCUGGCACGUCACCUCAGUCCUCCUGUGGGUUCAAGGCCCUCCUCCACCACCUGGUCCCUACCAACCCUGCCAGUCUUUUCUUGAAACUCCCGCCCUGACCUCAAGCCCUUUGUGCCCACUCCUCCCAGAGACCCCUCCAGGCCAUCCUGCAGCCUCCUCCAUACUCAGCAUUGGAAGCCCAGCUCCCACAUCACCUCCCGCAUGGAGCCUCAACCAAGAGCCCCUGAACCAGGGGUACCCCCCCCCCCCCACUGCCCUCUGGCAGGGCACGUUCCCAGUGGGGUGAGAAAAAGUUGAUCUCACACCCACCCAUCCCCACCAGACCAGUUGACCUGACAGGAAGAGCACCCUCUGCUGGUGAUCUUGACUCAUGACAGCAGUGAUUCAGUCUUCCUGUUUUAGAGUAGAUCCUCACGUACAACUGAGUGCAAAGAUCCAGUGUCCAGCAGGCUCUGUAUCUGUCUCCAGUUUUUCCUCCCUGAGAAUGGUCCUAGCUCUUAACCCAGGUCACACAGAGAAUAGCUCCAGUGCAGUUCUGGAGCUUCCCUUGGGGGCUGUGCACCAACUUGUUUCCCCCAAAGACCCUCUGACUUGCUUCAGGGCUCUGUUCUAUUGUUUUCAUCUAUGCGUAUGCCCGGGUGUGGUCUGGAGUCUUGGUCCUGUGUUAUGGUGAUGGAGAGAUGGCAUGGGAGUUCUGGAAGGCAGCUACGCUCACCCCUAUACCACCAACACAUGGCGUGGGAAUUGUGAUGUGCUACCAUAGGCCCAACUGACCCGAACCCUCUAGGUUAGGGGACCUAACCCUGACCUAACCAGUUAGGGGACCACUAACCCUGACCAGGAAAGUCUUUGAAAGCAGGAGCCACCUUAUGUUCGUCCUUGAACACCUAGGGAAGACCCUACACCAGAUGAAAAUGCCCCGAAUCUGUCUGUUAGCAGGUGAAUGUGGCAUAUGGAUAGUAAUUGAGUAUGUACUAUCCCUGGGCAUGAGGCCAAGCCCUUUACGAAUAAUUUCAUUCAACUUUGUGACAACACCAUCAGGAGGGCUGUAGAACCCCCAUUUUGCAGAUAAGAUAUUGAGGUGCAGGGAGGUAAAAUGACUUUCCCAAGGUCAUCUGGCUGGGAAGUGGGGGGGUGAUGGGAAGCUGCACAGAAUGGCACAUCUACUGGGCUGGCAGGACCUGGCCUUGUCCUGGGGCCCGUCCCCGCUCAUCGGCCCAACAGGAGCCUUGUAAUCAAAGGAUGCCAGGGCGGCCAUUUACAAAGUGAAGAUCCUUUGUGCUGGAGUGAAAUGAUCCUUUAAAAAAUGAUCACCGGCUCCCCUUGUUACCUCUGGAGACCAAGUCCUUGCUGAUUUUUCCCUUCCUUAUCUCAAGUACAUUUAAAUGUCAAUUAAAUUUGAAAUAUCUACAUUUGUCAGCAUUUCAUUUUGGGCCAGCGUGACGUGCUGCUGAUUUGUCCACGCGAUGUGACACAUGAAAAAAACUCUCGAGAUGCAGAUCUUCCUCAUUAAAAAAUAAGCCCAUGCGAUCCCGGCACGGCGGAGAGCCACAGAGCACGUCCCCGCUUCCUGACGCCGUGUCUCUGACAUGGUAUUUAAAAAGGAACAGCCGCGCCUGUCACCACUGUCACACGCGUGCGCUAACCGGCGACACGUUAAACCAAACAUUAGAAAGGGUUCGGGAAGUCAUCUGCAUGGGAACUCCGAGAUGAGGUGGGCAGAGGCAGGAGCAGCCGUGGGAGAUGAUGGGGUCUGAAUGGUGAUGGACAGCGGGCCUUUCUUUCUCGCCAAGACUCUGGCAGCCCCUCGCUGGGUAGCCAAGUUCACCACGACCUGCCUUUUCACAGACAGCUCUUUGUGUGUAAUCAAAUCCAGGCGAGUGGUGGGUGGCAGACUGCAGGCUACUAGCUGAAUUGGGUUAAUGAGGGAAGAGGUACGCUUUUUUUUCCCCCCCGUAUUCUGCCUUAAGCUAAUAAAAAAUUUAAACCUGGA